GCCUCGCCUCGGUAGAGGAGGAAGAUGAGGACAGCUCUGUGGAAGCCAGCUCAUCUUUUGUGGCUCCAGAACCACAAGACUCCACAUAUAACCCGGAAGACUCAGUUACUGUGUUAACAGAGUCAUUGGAUAAGUCGGAAGGCUCCAGCCCCAACCAUCAAGAGCCCUUAUCCAUUCACAAAAUGCGCAAGCUGCUUGUAUUUGAAUCUUGCCUCAUGGAGCUCUUUAAGAAGUGUCCAGUGUGCAGCAGAGUUUGUGAUGUCAAGAAGAACAUCAGGGGAACAUUCUUUGCCAUUGUCCAGCGAUGUCCACAUUGUCAGUACUGGAGACAAUGGAAGAGUCAGCCUGUGAUUGGACACUCCACCCCAGCAGGGAAUUUGCAACUUUCUGCUGCAAUCUACUUAAGUGGUGCUUCGUUUUUCACUGUGCAAAAGGUUUUCAAGGCCAUGCAGUUGCAGCUACACACUUACAAACAGUUCAGAAUACACUGCUGCAACUUCAUUGAGCCCGCUGUGCUGCAUAAAUGGAAGACGGAUCAGGCAGCCAUUUUGCAGCAGCUCAGCCAAGAGGGGAGUGCCAUUCUCGGUGGUGAUAUGAGGGCUGACUCACCAGGACACUGUGCAAAGUAUGGCAGUUACACCAUGAUGAACUUGAACACCAACAAAGUCAUCGACAUUCAGCUAGUGCAGAGCAACGAGGUUGGCGGGAGUACCAACAUGGAGAAGGAAGGUCUUAAAAGGAGCCUUAAACUCAUGGAGAAAAGUGGUAUCAACUUGGACUGUAUUGUGUCUGAUAGGCACCCCCAGAUCCAGAAAUUCCUUACUGAUGCCAAAAUCACCCAGUUCUAUGAUGUAUGGCACUUUGAGAAAGGAAUGGGCAAGAAACUGAAGGCAAUCGCCAAAACCAAGGAGUGUGAAAAGGUCAAAAAAUGGUUGCCCAUGAUCAAAAAUCAGAUCUACUGGAUUGCAGCUUCAUCUGCCUCUGGGCCAGAGCGAAUUGCCAAGUGGACUUCGGUUAUGAACCACCUCCAAGACAUCCACAUCCAUGAUGACCCCUUGUACCCAAAGUGUGAUCAUGCCCCACGUGUGUCAAAGGAUAAGGAGAAAUGGAACCACCGCUCUCUACAAAUUGGAGAAGCUGUUCACUGGCAAGAGAGUCCUGAAGGAUGUGGAGAAGCUUAG